UGUUCUGUAUCGAUCUCCAAUCUCCACGCUAUAAAAUUGAACUCUCUUAAACCCUAAUUUCCAAUACUUCCACCCAGCCCGCAAAUAAAGUUUCAAAAUUUCACCCAAAUUUUGUUAUUAAUUUCGAUAUUAUUUACCUCCUUUUCUCAUUCGUCGAUUCGCAAACAAUGCCUCCAAAGCAGCAAGCUAAAUCGAAAGCUGAUUUGGCGAAAAAGCAAAAAGUGGUUGAAGACAAAACAUUCGGAUUGAAGAACAAAAACAAAAGCAAAAAUGUUCAGAAAUAUGUUCAAAAUCUCCAGCAAUCCGUUCAACCCAAACCCGACUCGUCUAAAGCCGCCGCUAAGAAAAAGAAAGAGGAAGAGAAAGCUAGAGAGAAGGAGUUAAAUGAUUUGUUUAAAAUUGCUGUUACACAACCAAAAGUCCCCCCUGGUGUGGAUCCCAAGUCCAUUGUAUGCGAAUUUUUCAAAGCGGGACAGUGUACAAAAGGUUUUAAGUGCAAGUUCUCUCACGAUUUGAAUGUUCAACGGAAGGGUGAGAAGAUUGAUAUUUACAGUGAUAAGCGUGAUCAAGAAACAAUGGAGGAAUGGGAUCAAGAGACCCUGGAGAAGGUUGUGGAAUCGAAGAAAACAGAGUAUAAUCAGAAUAAACCCACUGAUAUUGUUUGCAAAUACUUUCUGGAAGCUGUCGAAAAGAAACAGUAUGGUUGGUUCUGGGUGUGCCCAAAUGGUGGCAAGGAUUGUCACUACAGACAUGCCCUUCCUCCAGGAUAUGUUUUGAAGUCUCAAAUGAAGGCACUUUUGGAGGAGGAGAGUGAGAAAAUAACUAUCGAGGAAGAGAUAGAAAACCAGCGUUCAAAAGUAACAACAACGACACCAAUGACUACUGAGUUGUUUUUGCAAUGGAAGACGAAAAAGAUGGAAGAAAGAGAAGCUAGUUUGGCUGCUCAACGAGCAGAUAGGGCUAAGAAUGAUCGCAUGAGUGGCCGUGAGUUGUUUCUCUCGGAUGCAAGUUUAUUUGUGGAUGAUGCUGAAGCAUAUGAGGAAUACCGGAGGGAAGAACCAGAGGUUACUGAGCAGAAGGUCACGGAUGACUCAAUGGUAGCUGGGCCGAGCAGUGGAGCUGCUGAUUCUGAAGACAUCCUUCUGGACGAGGAUGAUGAUGAACUUGACAUGGAUGAGCUGAACGAGCUUGAAGCUAGUUUGUCAAGAACAUCCAUUCAAAUUCAGGAACCAGGUAAUCCAACAUCAUCUUGAGAUUUUAAAAAGAAGGUUUAUUGUUGAACUCCAUUGAUCCUUAAGAGUUUGUGUAAGCCUAGCUUUUAACCGGCAACGAAAAAUGUUUUGCUUGAAACCGGAAUGAAGUUCUGUUGUGCACCUUUUUUCGGCUCAUAAUCCAAUCUUUGGAGACUUUGUUACAGUACUUGGGUGUUGGUGGUUUAUCGGACAUUGUUAUGUUCA